GUACGCUUGUGUCGCCUGGGUGGACAGUGUGGUUACAUCAAUAUAAAGUGGAAUAAAAUGCCGCGGAUGUGUGUAAAUGGAGACGCCUCUUCAACGCGAUUGUAUACUGCCUCUUAGUUAAGACGGGUCAACUCCGAAGAAGGCGGCGGCAGGGCUAAUUUCAGGGUUUAUCAGCAAUAUUUCAGGGAGAGGAGUGACGUCCUCCAUGCCGCAGCAGCUGCACACAUCAGUCCCCGCUGAAUAAAAGAUGAACUGAGGACCUCUUCCACAUUUUCACAUCCCAAAUCGCUGCAGCGCCGCUCUUCUCUCCCGCUGCCCUUUCAGAGCAAGAGUUAACCGUGUUGCCUCACCACACCUGGACACAGAGAUGCGCGUGCGUGCAUGUCCUCGAAAUGCAUGACUGUGUUUGAGCGUGUUUCUGCUUCGCUUCUGUACUCAUCUUCAGAGAGACACUUUUCCACUUGACUGACUCCAGCAUUAGUGUUCACGACUACAAAGCAUAAUGGGGAGGAAAAAGAUUCAGAUCCAAAGGAUCACCGACGAAAGGAACAAGCAGGUCACAUUCACGAAGCGAAAGUUUGGCUUGAUGAAGAAGGCCUACGAGCUGAGUGUGUUGUGUGACUGUGAGAUCGCCCUGAUCAUCUUCAACCACGCCAACAAGCUGUUCCAGUACGCCAGCACCGACAUGGACAAGGUUCUGCUCAAAUACACCGAGUACAACGAGCCGCACGAGAGCCGGACCAACGCAGACAUCAUUGAGACUUUGAGAAAGAAAGGUUUCAACGGCUGCGACAGUCCAGAGCCGGACGGCGAAGACUCAAUUGACCAAAGUCCUCUGAAUGACGACAAGUUUCGUAAAACCACGGAAGAUCUGGACGUCCUCUUCAAACGCUACGGCCAGACGGCGGCUCCGCCUCAGACCUUCUCUAUGCCAGUCACCGUCCAGGCGUCCAAUCAGAGCACACUGCACUUCAGUAAUCCUGGCAGCGCACUGGUAACUACCUCCUAUGUCACAUCAUCAUCGCUCACGGAUACCCACCUCCUGUCGCCACAGCAACCGGCUCUCCAGAGAAAUACAGUGUCUCCGGGGUUGCCACAGCGACCGGCCAGUGCAGGUGCUCUCCUCGGAGGCGACCUGAAUAAUUCAAACGGAGGAUGUCCAAGUCCAGUCUCUAAUGGAUACACCAGCGCCAGGGCCUCCCCAGGUCUGCUCACCGUCUCCAACGGCAACAGCCUGGGGAAAGUAGUUCCGGCCAAGUCCCCGCCGCCCCCUCCCAGCCCGCAGAUGGUCAACAGCCGUAAACCGGACCUGCGAGUCAUCACCUCGCAGGGCGGGAAGAGCCUCAUGCAGAUGACAGAGGAUGAGCUGGAAUUGGUAAACGAGAACGCCCAGCGGCUGGCGGCUGGAGCCCAGGUGGCACAAACCCUCACCACACCUGUGGUGUCUGUAGCCACACCGAGCCUCCUGGCACAGGGUCUGCCCUUCUCCGCCAUACCCACAGCGUACAACACAGAGUACCAGCUGACCAGUGCGGACAUCACUGCUUUACACGCUCUCGCGUCACCAGGCGGCUUGUUGCCGACCAGCGUGUCCACAUGGCAACAACAGCAGGCCGUCUCCCAGCAACAACAGCCCCAACAGCAGCAGCAACAGCAGCAGCAGCUUAACCUUGCAUCACUCAGCAACUUGGUCAUGUGGGGCGUGGACAAACAGAGCAGCGAGCUGUCUAGCCAAGUGUCCAGUCUGGCUGCCAAUCUGAGCGUUGGCUCUCCGUCCAACCUGCUCUUGGGUAGAGAUGAGUGGUUGGGCCGGCCGGCGACCCACAUACCUCAAGGCGCCAUGCUGACCGUCAACACCAGCUCCGGCGUGAGCAUCAAGUCGGAGCCGGUCUCACCCGGCCGGGACCGGAGCACCCCGUGUCCUCCCCCCGCUCCGCCUCCAUCCACCACGCCGUCCUCCACGUCCGGAGGCGCCAUCUUGACGGCGCCGCCUCAGUACCCCAGCUCGCUGCUCUGCCUGGAGCCGCCGACGGGUCGCUCGCCCGCAGACAGCGUCAGCAGCAACGCCAGCUCCUUCGAGGGCAGCGACCGCGACGACGGCAGCGCUGCCGGUGGCAGCGGCGGCGGUACCGGAGGCGGAGGCGGCGCCACCGAGCUCCUCAGGGUGUCGAACGAACCGGAUCAGGACGGAGGAAACGUAAAACGCAUGAGAUUGGACGCCUGGGUCACAUAGAAGCCGCCUCUCGUCGCCAAGAGGAAGUUCUGACUCGUAAACACUUACCUUCAUUAUUAGCCCCCCACGACCCCGUGACCCCACCACCCACUGCCAUGUGACACUAUCACCACACGUCUGCACCUGUCCUGCAUUACACGCCGCCAUCUUGAACUCACAGGGCUUCGCCAAAAACAGACUGGUUUGGAUGUUUGAGCUCAGCUGGAUUCGGGUUUUAAGGCCUUGGACGGAUUUCUGUCGUGAUUUCUGAGGCGUUUGACCUUUUUUUAUGCAAUUCGAUGCAACCACAGGACAUUUUUCACGUGGUUUCUCAGUGACCUUCUUCUACUCGCGCGGAGGAGCGUGGAUCGGUGGCUCCUCGGCGUUACGGACGCCUGCUGCAUGACUCGUCACUUCCUGCUCCUGCAAUCCCGCGGCGUUUUGAUUGCGUGCUGUCCAUUUUUUCCCCUUGAUUUCGCCUGGAGACGUUUGAGGGCUGCUGGGAAAUGUAGAACUGGACGCUUUAGGUACGGGGUUCCUCCACUGCCUGGAAAAGUCUGGAAUUUGACUUCAGGAUUUUCCAGGUCUGGAAAAACAAGAGCUUGGAAAAAAAUCUGCAUUUCCCCCCCAAUUUAUCUUUUGUGUGUUUCCAACUCCAUUGUCUUUCUUUAUUUGUGUCCUUCUUACCUUCCUAAUGUGUCCCCUUCUUUGUCUCCUAUUUUCCUUUCCUAGUGUUUUCCCCCUCACUUGUGUUCUAUUUCCUCUCCUACUAUCCCUCC